AUGAUAGGUAAUGUUAGAUUUUUUGCAGCACAGUACAAUAAACCUACUGAGGCAAAUCCACUCAAGCAAUACAGAAAGCCAUUUGUGCACAGUGGUCUGGCUGGAGAAAAACACUAUCAUCCCACAUGUGCCAGAUGUGCACGUUGUGACCAGAUGUUUGGGGAGGGGGAGGAGAUGUACCUGCAAGGUUCUUCCAUUUGGCAUCCUCCUUGCAGACAGGCAGCACGUAUGGAGGAGAAGAGUAAGAAACAGGUGCGGAUUCAGCUCAGUGAUCUCCAUUCCAAUGUACCUGAGCAGGUGAGGAGAACCUCCUCUGAGAGCAUCACCUCUGCUCCUGCCUCCAGUGCAUCGGGCUCCCCUAGCAGAGUUAUCUAUGCAAAGCUGGGUGAUGAACUUCUGGACUACAAGGACCUGGCUGCUCUUCCUAAAAUCAAAGCGAUCUACAACAUUGACAGACCUGACAUGCUCUCAUACUCGCCCUAUGUUAGCUACCCUGUGGAGGAUAGGACUUUUGGAGAGUCACCGCAGCAACUCACCCCUACUCCAACUGAGGGAGAUGGGGAAAAGUCUCCCCGGCAGAGGAGGCCCUCCAGCCCCAGCUCCAACAGCUCUGUAGGGGGUUAUGGCCGCUAUACGCCUUCCCGCUCACCUCAGACCUACAGCAGACCAGAGCAAUAUCUGAGUGUCAAAUACACCACUCAUCCAGAAAAUGCCAACUUGUUGGCUGUUCCAACUUCGGGGAGGAGUAGUGUCCAUGGUAGUGCCAGAGGCUCCUCCCCACUACCUUUGUACAGCGGCAGUGGUAGAAACACACCACAGGCAGGGAGCGGUGGCGUGGCCCUGCCCCUCAACCCCACUACUCUGGCUUUGCUCCAACAGCACAACUACAUCCCUUACUUCAGAGGAAUUGAGACAGGAUUCAAACAGGAAGCAAAGUCUGAAAGUAGGCCUAGGACAGCCCUGCACCUCAAUUUGCCUUCUCACGGUAGUGAAAGUGGUCGGAGUACCCCCAGUCUCUCCACCUACUCUGAUGGCAAAUCUCCUUCCUCAACAUACGUGGCAGCCCCACGACAUUUCCAUAUCCCAGAGACUAAAGUCAAAGAUAAUAUCUAUAGAAAGCCCCCUAUCUACCAACAGCAUGCUUCCAGAACCUCCUGGCAAGAUGGUGAUGACGUGGACAGAAAGACCAGAACAAGUUGGAUGAACCUGAAGAGUGAGAUGGAUAGACAGUCUCCAGAUCUGGACCCCAGGACCUCCACCCACAGCUUACCCACCGAUAUUUCUCAACCCAACUUUCCAUACAAUAAGUCUGCUUCGCUGCCAGGAUAUGGGCGGAAUGGCAUAUACAAGGCAGCUGAUCUUGGCGAGGAUGAGGGCGAUCAUGACUCAUCCUGGAGUGGAAUGAGAGAGUACAAGGUCUACCCCUAUGACAUGCUUGCUGUGACCCACAGAGUCAGAGUAAAACUACCACGGGAUGUCGACCGCACCAGACUGGAGAUGGAUGACUAUAUCAUGGAGCUAUUCUGCAUGCUUUAA